UGUUCAGAUUUUCUUCUCGGAUUUUUAAUAAGACAAAUUCAUCUCCUGAAACCUUUAUCAUCAUUAACCUGCUUUCAGUGAAUAAAUCUGCCUCAGCCCUCCCCAGAAAUAAUGCAUGAAUAUGGAUGGGCUGUUGUGCCUGGGUCUAUUCAGUGCAUUGGACUACCUCCAACGUUGGCAUAAAAUCACCAACGGCUGAGGAGACUACACCGUCCGAUCCAGAGGAUAAUGAUGGGGAGCAAUGACUCAAAAGGUCUCCUGAUUACCGAGAAGGGUCUGUUGGGUAUGUCUGCAGCGAGGGACAUGUUGCGCUCAUCCUAAAUGCUCUCGUGCCCUGCGUCUCUAUUGACUGGCCAAUAUGUUGAGUCGACUGAUGAGUGGCAGCGGUAGUCUUGACAGGGAAUUCAACUGUACGGUGCGACUGCUGGACGACUCGGAAUACGCUUGCACGGUUCAGAGGGAUGCAAAGGGUCAGUGGCUUUUCGAGCAGGUCUGUCAGCAUCUAAACUUGCUGGAGAAAGAUUACUUUGGCAUCAGAUUUGUGGAUCCAGACAAGCAACGGCAUUGGCUGGAGUUUAGCAAACCAAUUACCAAACAAAUGAAAUCUCUGCCACCAUACACCAUGUGUCUGCGUGUGAAGUUUUAUCCUCCAGACCCUGCGGCUCUGAAAGAAGAAAUCACAAGAUACCUGGUCUUCCUACAGAUUAAAAGAGAUUUGUAUCAUGGCCGACUUCUGUGCAAGAGCUCAGAUGCCGCUACACUGGCUGCAUAUAUUCUCCAGGCUGAGAUUGGAGACUAUGACCCAGGAAAGCAUCCAGAAGGUUACAGCUCUAAGUUUCAGUUUUUCCCCAAGCAUUCGGAGCGCCUGGAGCGCCGCAUUGCUGAAAUCCACAAAAGUGAACUGAUAGGUCAAAGCCCUGACGCUUCCGAGCUGAAUUUUUUAAGGAAAGCUCAGACUCUAGAAACAUAUGGGGUGGAUCCACACCCCUGCAAGGAUGUGUCUGGAAAUCCAGCCUUUUUGGCCUUUACUCCGUUUGGCUUUGUAGUACUGCAGGGUAACAGGAGGAUUCAUUUCCUAAAAUGGCACGAGGUGACCAAACUCAAGUUUGAAGGAAAGACAUUUCAUAUAUAUGCAACUCACCAAGAGGAUCAGAAGAUCAUCUUGACUUACUUUGCUCCAACACACGAGGCCUGCAAGCAUCUAUGGAAGUGUGGUGUAGAAAAUCAGGCUUUCUAUCAGUUUGAGAAAUCAAGUCAAGUUCGCACUGUGUCUAGUAGUAAUCUAUUCUUUAAGGGUAGCCGUUUUAGAUAUAGUGGGAAAGUGGCGAAGGAGGUGAUGGAGCAAAGCGCAAAAAUCAGAAGAGAGCCUCCAGAGAUCCACAGGGCUGGGAUGGUCCCGAGCAGGAGUUGUCCCUCUAUCACACAUGGUCCACGACAGAGUACCAUUCCUCAAGCGCGUAGGAGAGCGGUCCAUAUUUCCAUCAUGGAGGGUUUGGAGUCGUUGCGUGACAGUGGCCAUUCCACACCAGUGCGAUCCGUCUCCAGUGGCAGCUCAUUUCUCCAGUCUCAUGGCAGUGGAGCAGAGGGAGGGUAUGGAACAGCAGAGUUUUCCGAGGACUCUUACAGUCCCUCUGACAGCAUGCUUUCAACGCCGGUCUCCAAUGACCACUCCUCAGACCAGGCUCAGGUUCGCCACACCAAUGGCCCCCAUAACAUCCAAGAGGACCGUGGAACAGAACUGAGCGCUUCAGACCAGGCAAGGCCACUUGGCGCAAAGGCGAAAGGUUCAUGUCCUGGGAAGACACGGUCAACCCAACGCAGCCCAGAGGAAGAGCGGGUAAAUGAGUUCAUCUGCAGUUUGGCGCGUCUUUUCUUAGUGACCGUGGUUCUGCUGUUUGCCCUCCUCCUUCUUCUUAUUGUGCUUACAGAGUCUGAGUUGGACUUGGCUUUUCUUAGGGACAUCCGGAGGACUCCCGAAUUUCAGCAGUUCCACUAUGAAUACUUCUGUCCCCUUAGGCGCUGGCUGGCUUGCAAGUUGCGCUGGAUGGGUGGACAUCUCAUUAAUAAAUGACUUUCGUUUCUUGAGUAGCCACGCCUCUGCAUCUUCUGAUAGGCAUCAUUGGUAGUAGUAAAGCAGCGGGAUGUUCUAAGUAUUUAUGUCAUGGUAUUCUGAAAUCUACAUAGCCAAACACUUAUCUACAUAGCCAAAGCUGUGGACUCCCUAAUAUCAUGCCAAGAUGACAACUGUGUGUGUUUCAGCUCUAGUUAUUGUGAAAUUGUUCGGUUUUUCGACAGCACGAUUUUGUGGUUGGGUAAAAUAUGGUACAUGUAGCUCUAUAAAUGCUGCUGUCACUCAUACAUUUUAUAUAUUUUAAUACACUUACUGCAAAGGUCGGUCCCCUAGACUGUGAUGAAUGAGACCUAACACUGCAAUCAUAGAUGCCUUCAUUGAUCAGACUUGUUCAAUAUAGACUGAGAUUGUCAUUGAAAUUGUGGCUGGAAGUUGAAAGGGGAAAUUUUUAGAUGAGGUCAUUUGUAAGUAUGAAACGUUGGUACUGGUGAGAAUUUGAUUAAAGUUAUUUAUAGGGUUAUUUGGUGUGCUGAUGAAGAUCAAUGUGUGUAGGUACAGGGGCUAAAACACUGAGGUAUGGGUCAUCAUGAAUUUAA